AUGGAGGUCGAUCGACAGGCUCUACUAGAGCAAAAACGCCAAAGGCUCAAUGAGCUUAAGCAGCGAAGAUUGCAAAAGGAGAAGGAGGAUGCAGAAAAGGCCCAGAUCAAACAGGCCGAAGAGGAAGUCAAAGUCAAGAAGGUAGAUUUUGCCGUGCAAGUUGGGGAAUCUACGGAGAUCUCCAGACCUCAAGUUGUGGCUAAACCCAGUCUGGUGAUACGCUUUGACAAGGCAAUUCAGGUUGAACCUGAGGUAGUUGAGGAGGAGAUUGAGCCAGAGACUGAGGUUGAGAGUCCAGUGGUGGAUGAUUUGCCCAAGGAGGCGGAACCACUGAAGGAAGAGGUGAUUAAUGAGGCUCUAGAGAGCCAAUUGGAAAGCCAACUUCACUUUCCCUUCUCGAAACUACGACUCGGCAUCAAGGAUAAACACGAACUUCGAUCUGUGGGUGACUCGCCAUUCACACAGAGUCACCUUUUAAGCGAUUUUCUAGAUCGGCCCAUAAGGGAAAUAAAGACGACACUGCAGUUUCCUGAUCUCUUGCUCGUCGCGUAUGGUCCACCCAAGUCUAAGAAGUCAGAUCUCACCAACCCCUUGGGUUUGGCUAUUGUCUUCAACGCAUCCACGGAGUCGAUUUUUCCCGAGUUUUUCCUACAUUCUACUAGCAUUAUUACGACCAUUGAGUUCGACAAGUCUGAUGCAUUCAGGAUCAUUGCUGGCAUGGAGAACGGCCGUUUGGCGCUUUGGGACUUGACCAAUGUCAAAAGCGAUCAGCUCUCUGUGCUUCCCACCUUACAAACAUCCACAGUUGCAUCUUUUUUCGAAAAAUCAAAGAAGGGCUUUGUUUAUCAUUCCAGCCCUAUCAUCCUGAUAGAGCAGCCCGAUAUCAAUACAGCGAGUCCGUCGAUGGUGACGAUCUGCGCAAAUGGUGUCAUCAACGUAUGGUCCUUGAGCAUUCUUGCAUUUCCAAAACUUCCUUCAAAAACCAUCCAGUUAUCUUCGGGUGCCGGUGUUGAUGUUACUUCCGUCCUCAUGUCCUCAAAUUACAUGCUGUCCAAUGAUACCUCUCAUCACGCUCCAGAGUUCAAGUUCCUCAAUAACACCUACGUUGGCUCCGUCAAUGGCGAUACAAUCAAACUCAAAAAUAGCAAGGAUGGCCAGCUUGUGGAUCGGACAUAUUCAUCUGCUGCUGCUGUAUUGUCGAUAGCGGAGACGUCAUGGAAGCACAAUCAGUCGGCAUCCACUAUUGUGCUUUCGUCCCAUAUGGACUGGACUCUCAAAAUAUGGCAUCACACAUCUCAAUUGCCGCUUCAUAGCAUUUCCACCGGAAAGAUUAUAACCAAGAUCCAUGUGCGUCCCGGCCACGAAUUUCAAUUCGUCACACUCAACUCCUUUACUCCUCCUGAGGGAUCAUCAUCAGUUGAUUAUUGGGAUCUUAAAGAACAUUGA